GUACUCCCCCUCAUGCCAUCCCACGUGUAUAUGACUUUCAUUCUUUGGCUGAACACAAAUGAGGAUUUUAAGAAGAAUACUUCAGCAAUGUAGCUCCAUAUAAUGCAAGUGAAUGGUGACCAAAACUUUUAAACCCGCCAUGCGAGGAGCGGACGUGUGAGCAACGAGCUCUGCGCACUUUGCUGGUUUUUAAUUAUUUUUGUGUUAUAAUCCGGUGAGAUUUGAUACACCCUGCUACAUAUUUACUCUUUGAAGUCAAUAUGUUAAAAAAUUCCAAAUCCUCAGGCUCUGGAGAUAUUAAAAGACACUUACUUCACCCCUUGAGUUCACUAGUUCGAAUCCCAGGGCGUGCUGAGUGACUCCAGCUAGGCCUCCUAAGCAACCAAAUUGGCCCGGUUGCUAGGGAGGGUAGAGUCACAAGGGGAAACCUCCUCGUGAUCGCUAUAAUGUGGUUCGUCCUCGGUGGAGCGCGUGGCGAGUUGAGCAUGGUUGCCAUGAUGGAUGGCGUGAAGCCUCCACACGCGUUAAUCACAACAUUUCUUGUUCCCAGAAUUUGCGAGUUCGACAAAAGAGAAACGUGAUCGAGAAACUCUUUCGGAAGAUCGCUUUUGCACUGAUGUUCCCGGCCAAACUGAGAAUAGAGACUAAGGUCUAACUUUAUGCCCCAAGCAAGCACUGUCCUUCAUAAAAAAUAUUGGAGUAAGCCAUUUUGUGUUUCUCAUGUGAGUGGACUGACUCGCUGUAUAUAGACUCGACUGUCUAAGGGAGCUGGGUGCCAUUUUUCUUUCUUUUUGUGUUGGUUCCACCUAGCGACUGGAGUUUUGUGUUUUGUGGCAUGACACUCCUUCAAGAAUCUUUUGCAUUGACGGAAGAUCGCUUUUACACUGAAGUUCCUAGCCAGUGAUAAGGAUGACCGCAAAAUAUCUACAUGCCUUCAACAAGCGAUGUCUUUUAUAGAGUUGAUGGGCUGAGGAAUCAUGGUGUGUUUCUUAUGUGGCCUCUAAGGCAACUUGACUUGUUAACUAUACAACUGACCGUCCGAGGAACCAGGAUGCCCAUUUUGUUUGUUUUUGUGCUAGUUCCGCCUAGUGGCUGGAGUUUGUUUUGUGGAGGAACAUUCCUUCGGACAGUUGUGGAUGAAUCUGCUUGUUCUUUGUGCUUAUGCCUUCUAUUGGCUGGAGUUUGUUUUAUAGAUUUUCUUCUGUUAUGUAAUUUUGCCUCACAAAAUUUGUAUAGAAGCACCGGGCUUGAGCAAUUCGACGGCAAAGUUGUCGCGGGGACUCUCGUAGGUGUACAGGGACUCUUUGAGUUUAGAGGGAUCGACGCCGGUUGGCGCUGUUGUGCACGGGGUUAAUGCGCACGUUUUUCUUUAUUCUGUUUUUGUUCAGGGGUAUGUUUGGGGUUUUAUUGUUGCACUGUUCAACUAAUGUUGAAAUGUGGUCUUUAUAAUUUUGUUUUGACACACAAUUUAUUUUUUACAUCAAAAUGUCAAAUGUUAAUAUGAGUGGACUGUCUCUCUCCACAUGGAAUGUGAAUGGGUUGGGGCACCCCAUAAAAAGAAGGAAGGUUAUUUCUUUUCUUAAAUGUAAGAAAUAUGAUAUUGUGUUUCUUCAAGAAACUCAUCUUUGCCCACAGGAAGCUGGAAAAUUUGGGAAGAUAUGGGGUGGACAUGUUUUCUUUAGUGCUGGCUCAAGUAAAAGCAGGGGAGUCAUUAUAUUGAUAAAUAACCACCUACAAUUCAAAUUUCUCAAACAGAUUAAUGAUAAAUUGGGAAGAGUCAUUAUUGUUUUAGCUGAAAUUCAGGGGCAAAAUCUGAUUUUGGCUAAUAUUUACGCACCUAAUGCUGAUGAUCAGGGCUUUUUUAUAGAUCUUGAAGGGAUGUUGCAAACCGUUGGCACCCCUCAUGAUAUAAUAUAGGGAGAAGACUUUAAUCUAUUGAUGGACUCAGUCCUUGAUCAUAGUGAAGCAAAAGUGUGUAAGCCCCCUAGAGCAACAUUGACACUUCACAGGAUGUGUAAAAAAUCUUGGUCUUACAAAUAUUUGGAGACUUUUGAACCCAUCUGGUAGGGACUAUACAUUUUUUUUUCAUCAGUCCAUAAGAUUUUUCUAGAAUAGAUUUUUUUAAAUAUCUAAAUCCCUCAUUUCAUCUGUUGUUGACUGCUCAAUUGGAAACAUUUUAGUCUCAGAUCACGCCCUGGUGAGUUUAGAGGUGUUGCCACAUAUGCAGAAAGAGAAAUCAUACAGUUGCCGCUUUAAUGUAUCCCUUUUGCAAAAUCCUGAUUUUCAACAAAUAUUAAAGGCUGAAAUCAAUGUUUAUAUGGAGACCAACUGGUCCUCAGUAUCCUCUGUAGGUGUGGCUUGGGAGUCGGAUCAUAGGGAUCAUGGUUCUUAGUGGUCGGAUCAUACAGUAUGCCUCAUUCAUCAAAAAAUCCAAAGCACGAGAACUUGUGGAGUUGGAAGGAAAUAUUAAAAAUGCCGAGGCAGAGCUGAAGCACCGAAUGUCGUCUGAUGGCCUCAGAGAAUUGACCCGAUUGAAAUACAGAUAUAAUACUAUUUUGUUGCGGACGGUGGGGUUUUGGUUAUUCAAGACAGUCUUCAAGACAAACUUUUGGCUAGAUAUAUAAAGCAGAGAGAGUCUUUUUCUACCAUUCCAUCAGUGAAAUCUGCUGGUGGUGAAAUAUUUACCUCGGCCACUGAUAUUUAUAAUGCCUUUAAAGAGCCUUUAAUGAAUCUUGACCUUUGUAGUUUCACGUCUUCAUCUACUGAUGAAGAUAUUAGAAAAUUUGUGGAACCAUUAGAACUCCCUAAAUUGACGACUGAGCAAAACAAUUCUCUUGAUUCUGAGAUAACCUUGGAGGAGCUUGACAAGGUAAUUAAGGCCUUACCUACAGGCAAGUCUCCGGGGCCUGAUGGUUUUGCCGCUGAAUUUUUUAGAUCUUAUGCUGCAGAAUUGGCUACACUUUUGUUAGAAGUUUAUACGGAAUCAUUAAAGAAUGGAAAGCUUCCCCCAACCAUGACACAAGCCCGGAUCAGUCUGAUUCUUAAAAAGGACAAAGAUCCAAGGGAGUGUAAGAGUUAUCGUCCAAUUUCCCUGAUCCAGCUAGACGUAAAAAUUUUGUCAAAAAUUCUGGCUAACCGAUAGAGUAAAGUUAUGACAUCUCUUAUACAUAUAGAUCAGGUAGGGUUUAUUCGGGACCACAGCUCUUCUGAUAACAUUAGGCGUUUCAUCAAUAUUAUGUGGUCAGUGGUGAAUGAUCAGACUCCGGUCGCUGCCAUCUCACUUGAUGCCGAAAAGGCAAUUGAUAUGGUAGAAUGGGAUUAUCUUUUUUAGAUUUUGGAAAUAUAUGGGUUAUUGGAUGGAUUAACCUACUUUACAGACACCCUGUAGCGGUGGUACAAACAAAUGGAUUCAUUUCAGAUUAUUUUACUCUGGAUAGGAGCACCCGGCAGGGUUUCCCUCUUUCCCCAUUAUUGUUCUGUCUUGCCCUGGAAACAUUAGCAGCCGCGAUAAGAAAGGAGGAUGAUUUUCUAGGGGUGGUGGCGGGAGGUGUGGUGCAUAAACUUUUGCUUUACGCAGAUUAUAUUUUAUUAUUCGUCUCCGACCCUACUAGAUCUAUGCCUUGCCUCCACAGAAUUAUCAAUUCCUUUUCUACAUUUUCGGGAUACAAAGUUAAUUGGUCUAAAUCCGAAGCUUUUUCUCUGACAGCGUACUUCCCAGUAACGGAUUUUCAGCCGGGCGCCUUUCAAUGGCCCAAACAGGGCUUUAAGUAUUUGGGUAUUUUAUUCCCAGCAAAUUUAUGUGAUUUAGUCAGAGUUAAUUUUGACCCUUUAAUAAAAAGGUUUUCGAGCGAUGUGGGCAGGUGAGCCUCAUAUGAUUGGGAAGGUUAAUGUUAUAAAAAUGAAUUGUAUUCCAAAAUUUAACUACCUAUUACAGUCUCUCCCAAUUGAAAUUCCCCUCUUCUAUUUUAAACAAUUUUAUAGUAUAGCUAAAUCCUUUAUCUGGAAUGGCAAACGUCCUCAAAUGCAUUCUAACAAGUUACACAGGCCAACUGACAAAGGUGGGUUGGGUCUCCCCAAGAUUUUGUUUUACUAUUAUGCUUUUGGUCUCAGACAUUUGGCGCAUUGGUCGCUUCCGCCUGAGAGAGCCCCUCCCUGGCUCUUUAUAGAACAGGAGGUCCUUGCCCUUAUCUUGCCAUUGCAAUGUCUUUCUACCAAGCUGCCCGGAGAAGACACAUCCCGUUAUCUCACACAUGCAGUUAGUGUGGACAAAAGUUUCCCGCAUGCUCAAUUCGGACAUUUACAUGAACGUUGCCAGAAGUAUUUGGUUAAACACUAAAUUGUGUAUUAACAAGUCCCCCUUUUGCUGGACAGAAUGGAUUGAGAAGGGAGUUGCUACGCUGGGUGACCUGUAUGAAAAUGGAGCAUUGAGAUCCUUUGAAAAUAUUAUACAGCGGUUUGGGAUUCCCAGAGCUCAAUUCUUUAGAAAAAGAAAAGUCAUACACAUCUGGGAUGGCAUGACGAAGAUUGAAAGUCUUACACAUCUGGGAUGGCAUGAGGAGGAGAUCUCUAUCAUAAUCAAUGCCAACAGUUCCAGAUCAGCAGGUUUUAAACCUGGCUCACUUAAAUCACCUUUCAUUCAGAGUUCAGACUUCACCCCCAGAUUCAAUGUCCCUAUUUUCACAGAAGAAUUUCUGGACCAAAACAAAGUGCGAAAAGCAGAGCUGCGACGAAUGCGCAAAGCCAAUGUGGAGUUUGGGAGCAGAAUGCCGUGCUGCAGAAGUACAUUGCCGACAUGUUUAGCACCAAAGAGUGACUGGAAGUUGAGUUGGGCCAGGAUGAGCUACGCAUACAGGCUCUACAGUGCCACCUACAGGCGAUUAUACAGACACUGGUCAGCAGCCUGGCCACUGUGCCCCUACCAGGCACGGACAAGAACCCGUCCAUUGGAACACUGGACUCAUACCUGAGUCGAUUGAGUGGUGCUUUGGAAAGCAGGCCUCACGAGCAUUGUGCCUUAGUCCUCAAGCUACAAGAGCUCCUAGCUCACCUAGACAGUGAGAAGCUUUGAAAAAAAUAUCUACAGCUGUGAUGGUGAUGGCCUGGAACUCCUAUGCACUGGCUUGAACUGCCUCACAUUGUGUAACAUACAGUGCAAUACAGUUUAUUGGACAUUUUUCAAAAGGGUAACUGGCCUAUAAGCCAGUUCGUAACUCAGGAGCUGGCAGAUUGUAAAGUUAUUGACAUCAAUAACAUAAUAAAUCAGAUUUUUGCAAUUUUAAUAUUUCGAGCGACUCAUGAGAAGUCUGUUUGGCAAGAAGGCGCUCCAUGGAAAAAAACUUGGAAAGCAUGGUUUAACUGCAAGCUAUAUUUAUCAAAAUAAUAUUCUCUUUACUUACAUAUAGUAAUGUGAUAUCAAUGCGCAGCAUUUCUUAUUGGGUGACCAGAAACCUUGCUGCUUGCAUAGUGCCGUGGGUUGCAAGAAGCUCCUGUGCCAUAUGUUUUACUCUAAACUAUGCGAGUAUCAUAAUUAAAAAAAAAUUCUACAUCAAAAUUUGCUAAUCAAGUUUGUAUUUACCUUUUGAACAGUUGGCAUUCUACAGGGUGAUUAAUUCUAGCAUUAAAAUAUUUUGGGUAUGAGAGUUUACACUGUUUUAAUGAUGCACUUUAAUGGAUUUUUUUGGAUUGUAUGAAUGUUAUUUUAAUAUGAAAUAAACUUUUUUUGUGAAGGAAGCAAAAAAUAAAAUCUGGCAACAAUUAGUCUGAUAAACAUCUUUUUUAUGAGUGCUUUAGUAAUCUUGAGAUAUAUAGAUAAACUUUUCCUUUGACAUACUGUACAUUCUUUUCUUCAUUAUUCAAUUAUGUCAUUCGUAUCCAGUAGAGGGUGGCAU